AUGGACUGUACAGAUCUCUCGCUUUCUGAUAAGGUAUUCGAUGGAUUCAAACAACAUCAUUUUUCUCUUCCCACUAGGGAAAUGGGAGCCUGGGCCAUUUGCAUCCCAGCUGUGACUGAACAGCGGCUUGUCAUUGAUGGUAAGGGCAUCUCCAGCCACUUACCUUCUAUGCUCGAUUCAAUAAAUGAAUGUUGUGGUACGAAAAUACCCAUUGACGUCACUGUCAUCCAAACUUCAUAUGACUGGAAACACCGAUCCAACGUUCAUUUCCCUGCGAAGACCAACAGAAGGGAGAAUAUAAUUUGGACCGAAGGUGAGCAGGCGAAAGCAGAGGCAGGAGAAGUUGUCAAGGAUAUUGAUGACCUGCAUAGCAAGUUAGAUAACCUGUAUAUUGAUGGCUGUAGAGCUGAAGACAGGUACUUACGCAUACCAAUGAGUAUUCUGCAAGGUGGUGGACUUGAUCUAUGCAAUUCCGAUGGCAGCCUCAUGGCCUUUGUAUGUUUGUCACUACCUGAGGACAUUUGCUGUGGCCUCGCCAGCAACUUGCUUGCGUGCUUUGAUGGAAAGGAGGUCUUGCAGAUGUUGGAGGAUUGUGCUAACUGUGACUUAGAGAAGCUGACAGAGCAAACCCUUAGCCAUCCCUUCCAAUGCCUACACUUCUCCCUUUGGAAUCGAUACUCAACUACGGGAGCUGGUGCGCCCACACAUAUUCACCCACAUGAGAUGGCUAGAGUUGGUGUCAGCCGCACCAAUCAUACUCAAUGUUUGCCCUAUGCUUCGAAAGACAUUUUAGAGCACCAACAAGUCUAUAACAAUGUACUGGCUACAUUCAGCGAACUCUUCGAAUGGUUAGAACAUGUGAUGAAGACACACUUACCAGAGGAGUAUGAAGUCAUUGUUGAACUCAGUCAAAAUCUCCCAGGUGGAGAAUGCUCACCGGUGGCUCCGUUUCUAUCCAUUGUCAUCAAUCUCAAUGUCACCACAGAGGCUCACAGAGACAGGUUUGAUAAGGACCUGUGUCUUGUCCUGCCCAUAGGCGAGUUCAAGGCUGGGGAUUUAGUACACUUUGAGCAGGGAUUAGUGUUGGAGCUACGAUGUGGUGACUUCGUCAUUUUCCCCUCUGAUGACACCACUCAUUUUAACCUUCACUAUGAGGGUAAGAGAGCAUCAUUUGUCUUCCAUACUGAUAAAGGCUUUGAUAAGUGGAAGAAGGGGCGUAACGGAUGGGCCGUCAACAAUCACUUUCACUGA